UUGUGAAGGCAACUUAUAUGUCUUUUGUAGAUGGCUGUGGUGGUGAUAAGGCUAUCCAUUUGACUCAAACCUUUCUUGUAAUCACAAUAAAUCUUGCAGAGUGGAGGUCAUUUCAGUGCUGUGCAAACAGAUCCAACACUGCAUCACGAGGAUGCCUUCUCCCCUGCAGGAUGGUGAGCCCAGCCGCUUGGUUUCUCCUUCUGGGAGUUGUGAGCUGUACAUCCACAUUAGAACCAAGAACAAAAGUGGAACACAAUGCCACUCAAGAGCCAUUCCUUGAUCAAUGUACUCUUGUUCCCACCUGGACAAUUGGUGGGGAGACAGCAGUUAAUUUAGUGGGGCAAAAUAUUACAGUGGUUGCCCUCUUAAAUUCGAGUAGAGUCUUUGGAAGAAGACAGGCCGCAAGGCUCAGUUCCCUACGCAAUCGUCUCUAUCAAGCUGGCUUUCCAGACAUCAACUUUUAUGUCAUUAACUCCAUAAUGGCAACAGAUAACACUGAUCUUCUACAAAACGAAGCAGUAGACAUCCCUGUAUACCAGGAAUUACCAGAGGCCCCAGUAAGAGAUAUUUUGGGAGCAGAUAACGACCACAUCCUUGUAUUAGAUAGGUGUGGGCGAAUGGCAUACCAAGUAAUAACUCCUUUCAGUAAACUUAUCUACCCCUAUGUUAAAGCAGCUAUUUUAUCAACCUAUAAAGAUAAUCCUUGUGGUUUCUGUAACAGUACUACAAGUGUUGAUUAUUCUCAGGAUGAAGACGAGAUCACAACACUCAGAUAUGCCUCAGAUGAACCAGCUCAUGAUUACACUGAGCUUAAUUCAACAAUUUCUGAAAAUGAUUCCAAACGUUUUGCACUAAAAACAGGCUACAUAGAAGGUAACCAGAGCCUUCAUACAGAUUUGCAUCAAGCUGAGUCCACAAUAAAAAAUCAACUAAGUCUUCAAAAUCUAACUGCUGCAGAGCCACGAGAGCUACUGUAUGUGCCAAAGGAUGAAUCAAGAGUAGAUAUUCAAUUCAGAGCUGUUUCAAGAAAUCCCAGAAAUGACAUUUACAACUUGUCAUCACCUAAAGCCUAUGAUCAACAUCCAUCCAUUAUCUCCUUAGCCAGAAUUCCAGGAGAACAAGAACCUUCUAAGAACUGGAACUGGUUUGAGCCCCAGAAUUCUGCAAGUGGUGAGCCAUACUCUACAGAGAACAGUAACAGUGAAUCUGUAGAGGUGGUGCAUCAGGUAAAACCACCUAAAACAGGAAAAAAAAGGAGAAAAAAAGCAAAGACUAAAGACCUUAAAACAGAUAACUUAGUAAGGGAACCUCUCUUUAAUCAAAACGUUGACUGCAAAAAACUGGAAAAAAGUAGUAAUGCAUUGGUACCACAAACAUUUUGUGAUUCUAACUCUCAAGAAGUUAUUCAUGAUUCUAUGGAGGCCUUGGUUAACCAAACACAACGAUUAUUUGACUGGUAUCAGCGUCAGAUUGAGAAUGGCACAUCAAGUGAGGAGGAAUAUGAAAAAUCAAAUGUACUUAAGGAGAAAAUUAUUGAGCAUUACAGUAGGCUACUUCCCUGGCUUAAUUUUAAAUUAAAUUGACCCGAUAGACCGAGGUUUAAGAUUAAAUCAUUGUUUGAGUGAUCUUCCAAUAUUAUUUCAUAUUUGAUUGUUCAUUUUUUUACAGUAUGAUCCAAAAGUUAAUAGUAAUUACUAUGAACAAAUAAUAGUAGAAUAAACACUUGAAGUAUAAAAAUAGUUCAGUAAGUGACAUUUAACAAACAAUAAGUAAUGUAUAAUAAAAUCUGGGAAAAUUCUAAAAUUAAAUACCUUUUCAUAAUUGAGGAAA